AUGAUAAGAAGUGCGCUGACAAAAUACGCGUCAUUCAGAAAUAAUCAGAGUAGAAUGUCCAGCAUACACAGUGCAUAUGUGGACGAAAUCCACGACGUUCCAAUGUCAGUAAUCAUAAGACCAUUUAUACCGGAGCUGGAUGAGAAGAAAGUGGAGUCGCUUAUGGAAACUAUUCAGAAGGAAGAAGCGCAAGGCAUAGUUCCACCAAUAGAUAUUCUAUGGAUUGAGGGUACGGAGGGCGGUAAUUACUACUACAGCUUCGGCGGUUGUCAUAGGUACGCUGCCUAUAAACGGCUUAACCGACCGACGAUACCAGCCAAACUCAUUAGAUCUACUAUCAAUGACUUACGGACGUAUUUGGGAAGUAGUACGCCAAAUCUUAAGUGA